AUGAAGCUUUUUAUUGUUAUUGUAUUGAUUAUAGCAACAAGUGCAAUCUCUAUCAACUCUAAAUGUACAGGAGAAGUCACAAAGUUGACUCCAAAAUUUUCUAGAUUGUAUGGAAAUGUGAAUGAAAGAAAGAUUGUUUCAAGUAUAAAAGAAAUAGUUGGAAUUUUAAAGUCAUUAGUGACUAUAAAGAAAUCUUGUUCUGGAUCAGAAGGAGUUGAUUUGUCAACUUUUACAUAAAAAAUAGGAGUCUGUAUGAAAGGAGGUUUUGAAUUAGCUACAAAUGCUUAUAAAUCAUAUAAUGAAUUUGAAGAAGAUGGAUUUUCAGAUAUUCUUGUUGAUAGUUUAGUUGAAAUGUCUCAUUUAGUGGAACCUGUUAUAACUAAUUGUUGGGGAGAUGAUGUAAAAUCAGUCUUAGGAUUUGUUUUACCAGAUUAAUGUAUCACUGUCAUAGAUGAUGCUGCAAAGAUCUCCUUAUAAAUUAUAGAAUAAAAAGAAAGACCAUUAUUAGUGACUAAAGGAUUAAUCAAUCUAUAAAAGAUUUUAAAACAAUCAAAGAAUGCUUGUCCAUUUGUUGAAAGCAUACUUCCAAAAAAAGAAAAGAAAGAAGAUGAUGAUGAGAGUGAGGAUAGUGAUUUCUCUGAUGAUGACAAUGAUGAUAUGGAAGCGUUAUUUGAAUUAUUUGAAUGAUCAAUAUAUUAUAAAAGAA